CUACAUUUCAGUUAAUUGUAGUUUCCUCCCGGGUAGAGUUUACAGUAGCGCACGUUACAUGACCUGAGAGUGAAGAAGCCUUUAAGAUGUCAAAAGUCUGCUUUCAUUUAUCGCGACUUUCUUUAGGUCACAAUGUUUUUACAAGCCGAAGGACUGUGAAUUUAAGACCAUGUGCCACAAGGAUGCUGUCUAUAACAUCACAGCGUUGUGCACAGUCCAGAAAACCUCCGGAUGAUGAUGAUGAUGAUGAUGAAGCAGUAUCCAAGCCCAUCAAGUUCUCAACCAGCAAAGCCAGUCACCGAACCUGGAAUGUGGAUCGUUCGCUGGGCAGCAACUACGAGCGUCCCUGGUGGAAAGUUCUACCCAUCAGCCUCUUUGGUGUGGGCUUCCUCCUCUGGUGCGCAUUCAGGAAAGAGACAGAGUUGGAUGAAUCUCUGGAGAAAAACCUGUAUGAACAUUUACCAGGACUGCUGUCUGAUGAAGAACAGGAGGAAGUCAAAAACAAACCAUCAUAGUGGCUUAAGAGACAUUUUCCAUUUGUGAUGUAUAUUUAUCAUUUAAUGAUGCCUUCAGAAGUAAAAUGCUUUCUCCAAACGGAGUCGGAAAUCAAAUUUGUUGAAAAGUCAAACUGACCGUCCAGACACUCUGGUGCAGGGAACUUUAUCAUCUGUGUUUAGAUUUAUAUUGAAAAGUCAGAGACAUUUAAGAAUUGUAAGCAUAAUGGAGAAACUUCUGAAUUGUGAUGCGACUGCGGAUUUACAAAUAAUAUCAGGAAACCCGCGAUUGAACACACUGAAAGUUAACAUUGAGAACAUCUGUAUAAUAAACUGUAUUUAAAAUAA